AUGCCUCCCCUGCACCCCGAGUCCCAGGUCUGCGCCCCAAAUCUCCCCCUGCACCCCAAACUCCAGGUCUGCACCCCACGCAUCCCCCACACCCCGAGUCCCAGGUCUGCACCCCAAAUCUCCCCUGCUCCCCCAAAUCUGGGUCUGCACCCAGGUCUGAACCCCACGCUUCCCCCGCACCGCAAAUACCAGGUCUGCACCCCAAAUUUCCCCCUGUACCCCACAUCUCCUGCACCCCAAAUUCCACGUCUGCAUGCAGGUCUGCACCCCAAAUCUCCCCCUGCACCUCAAACUCCAG